CGUAGAAUGGGGUUCGAUGUCAGCUUGCCACUGUUCAAUAAACAGCACCCUCAAAUCCCAAGAACUUAUGGUUGUGAAGACUGUUUAUUUCCAAUUGAGAGAAAAUACAGAUUGGCUUUUAAAGGAAAAAGAUAUCUCUUUGGUAUUGGCAGUGAAGUAAGAGAUAUGUUACACCUUCUGCAUAAUGACAAGGAUAUAAUCCUGCUGACUACAUGUAAACAUGGCAAGAACUGGCAGGAUUUUGCCGAUACACAUUGCUUUAGGGACAAUAAGCUUUAUGAAAGGUAUGACUACCAAGAACUUUUAUAUAAUGCCACUUUCUGUUUGGUGCCAAGAGGUAGAAGACUAGGCUCAUUUCGCUUUCUGGAGUCUCUUCAAGCUGGUUGCAUUCCCGUUGUCAUGAGUGAUGGCUGGGAGCUCCCCUUUUCAUCUGUGAUAGAUUGGAGCAGAGCUGCUAUUUGCAUAAAUGAAAAAUCACUGCUGCAAGUUCCAAGCAUCUUGAGGUCGUUCAGUUAUGAAAAGAUUCUCAGCAUGAGACAGCAAUGCCUGUUUUUGUAUUUCGCCUACUUCUCCUCAAUUCAUCAAAUUGUCAGUACAACAAUCAAGAUUGUUCAUGAUCAUGUUGAACCUCACAAUGCUCACACAUAUCAUAUGUGGAAUCAUCCACCUGGAGCAUUGAGUGUCCACACCAGAUUCUCAAACCAGCUUGUCCAUUUUCCAUUUUAUUAUGAUUUAUUUGGAAUCAAGCCUCUCGAAAAGUUCACUGCCAUCAUUCUUGUAGCUGCGGUAGAAAGGACAAGGUCUGGGAAGCUUUUUAAACUUAUAAAGAAAAUAAACCUGUCAGAAUAUGUUCACCAGAAUUUUCAGUGA